AUGGUCUAUUUUCGCGACAAAGAACGCAAUCGAGAACGCGAUCGCGAUCAAAAUAAUGGCGCCGUUGUCGAACGCAUCAUUCAUGACGAGGAGUUCGGUGAGGAAAACGUGGAAUUGGUCGAUUCGGAAUGGGCCGAUUUUGAGAAAUUCAUACGUGAAUUGCGCCAGCGUCGUUCCAGUACCAUUUCAAUGGAGGAAGAGCUAAGACAUGCCCAACGACCGACACGUGUUAAAUCGCAGGCAUUUUAUCCUUGCCCACCGCCAGCUGAACACAGUCGUGACUCGGAUUCAUCUUCGGACGAUGAUGAUCCCUUUGGAUAUAUCGAUACCCUAAUGUAUGGUCGCUAUACCAAAGAUUUAGGAGAAUUUGCCAAAGAUGAAGCCAGAAAACUCAAGCUACUGCAGAAACGACGAAAGUUGGAGGACAAACAGAGGAAUAAGGAACUCCUAGGAAAACGUGAGUCACGUGCAUUUAAAGUCUCAUCAUGGAUAUGGAAACACACAUUUGCCCGCCUUGGCGAAGAUUGGGUAUUUUUAGCCCUGCUGGGUAUUAUAAUGGCCCUACUAUCCUAUAUUAUGGACAAGGGUAUAUCGAUAUGUACAAAUGCUCGCGUUUGGUUAUAUCGAGAUCUAACAUCUCAACCGAUUGCCCAGUAUUUUGCCUGGGUCUCAUUACCCGUUUGUUUGAUUCUCUUCUCGGCGGGUUUUGUACAUCUGAUAGCACCGCAGAGUAUAGGUUCCGGUAUACCCGAAAUGAAAACCAUUCUACGAGGGGUGGCCCUAAAAGAAUAUUUAACCUUUAAGACAUUAGUGGCCAAAAUUGUUGGUUUAACGGCAACUUUGGGCAGUGGUAUGCCAUUAGGAAAGGAAGGUCCAUUCGUACAUAUAGCAAGUAUUGUAGCACAAUUAUUAAGUAAGCUAGUAACAUCAUUCCAAGGUAUCUAUGAAAAUGAGUCCCGCAAUUCGGAAAUGUUGGCCGCUGCCUGUGCAGUGGGUGUGGGUGCGUGUUUUGCGGCGCCAGUUGGCGGUGUAUUAUUUAGUAUAGAAGUAACAACAACGUAUUUUGCGGUGCGUAACUAUUGGCGUGGCUUUUUUGCGGCCGUUUGUGGUGCUACAGUGUUUCGUCUAUUGGCCGUAUGGUUCCAGAAUGCCGAUACUGUGCGGGCUGUGUUCUUAACAAAUUUCACUACGGAAUUUCCAUUUGAUCCUCAGGAAUUAUUUGUGUUUGCCUUGAUGGGGGUAGUUUGCGGUCUUGGUGGUGCUGCUUAUGUCUGGGUACAUCGAAGAUACGUCCUGUUUAUGCGCUCGAAUAAGAAAAUGAACAAGUUCCUCCAAAAGAAUCGCUUUUUGUAUCCUGGCUUCUUGGCUUUGUUGGUAUCGACGAUUUCCUUCCCCUUGGGCACGGGCCAGUUUAUUGCCGGUGAAUUGGGUACCCAUGAACAGGUCACCCAGCUGUUUAGUAACUUUACCUGGUCACGCGAUGAUUUGACCGUGGAACAGGCCGCCAUUGUUACCCAUUGGGUGACACCCUACACCAAUGUAUUUAUCAAUCUGACAUGCUAUGUUAUAUUUACGUUCGUCUUCUCCAUUAUUGCCUCCACAAUACCCGUACCCUCGGGUAUCUUCAUACCCGUUUUCAAAAUUGGUGCCGGUUUGGGCCGUUUGAUAGGUGAAAGCAUGCAUUUGUGGUUCCCCAACGGGGUGCGCUAUGGUGGCCGCCUCUCACCCAUCAAUCCCGGCGGUUAUGCUGUUGUAGGUGCUGCCGCAUUUUCGGGAGCUGUCACUCACACCGUCUCCGUGGCGGUGAUUGUCUUCGAAAUGACUGGCCAGAUUACGCAUGUGGUGCCGGUGAUGAUAGCUGUACUGAUUGCCAAUGCGAUAGCAGCCCUACUCCAGCCCUCUAUGUAUGAUAGUAUUAUACUUAUCAAGAAGUUGCCAUAUCUACCCGAUCUGUUGCCCUCAAGUUCGGGUAUGUAUAGCAUCUAUGUGGAGGACUUUAUGGUACGCGAUGUCAAAUACAUUUGGCAAGGCAUCACCUAUCAGCGUCUCAAAGAAGUACUGAAGAGUAAUAAGACUCUGCGUUCCCUGCCGCUGGUCGAUAGUCCCGAAAAUAUGAUCCUGCUCGGGUCGGUACAGCGUUACGAACUGAUCAAAAUGAUUGAGAAACACAUCGGCCGUGAGAAGCGUAUGGAAGUGGCCCAGAAAUGGAAAAAAGAAGCCGAAGAGCGGAUACGCGAAGAGGAACGUAAAAAGCAAGAAGCCGAACAGCGCAUGCGCCGCCCGUCACGUUUCGAAGUUCUGCCCGCUCCCGAUAUUUUGAGCCUACGUCAAAUUGCCAACGAUGAAAUGUUACCGCCCAAGAAGAAGCAGGAAACCCUCAACAAUACCCUCCAGCCUCGCAAAUCCAUCCUCAAAAAGACAAACUCAUUUAAUCUUAAAGCCUUUACACCUACCUCAUUGAAUAGUCCUAGCAUAACGCCAUAUUCCACAAUAACCGGUGCCGAACAGCGCAUCCGUAAUGCGUUCGAGACCAUUUUCAAGAAAUCUACCACCUUACAAGAUGUUCAGCCGAGCGGUGAUGGCCAGGAGCCGGGUUCAAUAUCUGCGGCGGCUAGUACGGGUGAUAUGACACCGGGUACACCGACUGUCCAGAGGGCGCCCAGUACACCGGGUAUCUCGAAAAAAGUUCAAUUGGUGAGUGAUGAAGUUUUAAUUUUUGUUGGUUUGUUUGGCAUGGGGUUUGAAUAA